UGGGUGGAACAGGCAUUGUGGUGCUGUGAAACAUGGGUAGAGAACAUGGGUGGAACAGGCAUUGUGGUGAACAUGGGUGGAACUGGCAUUAUGGUGCUGUGAAACCUUGGUAGAGAACAUGGGUGGAACAGGCAUUGUGGUGAACAUGGGUGGAACAGGCAUUGUGGUGAACAUGGGUAAAACAGGCAUUGUGGUGAACAUGGGUAGAACAGGCAUUGUGGUGAACAUGGGUAAAACAGGCAUUGUGGUGCUCAUGGGUAAAACAGGCAUUGUGGUGAACAUGGGUAAAACAGGCAUUGUGGUGAACAUGGGUAGAACAGGCAUUGUGGUGAACAUGGGUAAAACAGGCAUUGUGGUGAACAUGGGUAAAACAGGCAUUGUGGUGAACAUGGGUAGAACAGGCAUUGUGGUGAACAUGGGUAAAACAGGCAUUGUGGUGAACAUGGGUAGAACAGGCAUUGUGGUGAACAUGGGUAAAACAGGCAUUGUGGUGAACAUGGGUAAAACAGGCAUUGUGGUGAACAUGGGUAAAACAGGCAUUGUGGUGAACAUGGGUGGAACAGGCAUUGUGGUGCUCAUGGGUAAAACAGGCAUUGUGGUGAACAUGGGUAAAACAGGCAUUGUGGUGAACAUGGGUAAAACAGGCAUUGUGGUGAACAUGGGUAAAACAGGCAUUGUGGUGAACAUGGGUAAAACAGGCAUUGUGGUGAACAUGGGUAAAACAGGCAUUGUGGUGCUCAUGGGUAAAACAGGCAUUGUGGUGAACAUGGGUAAAACAGGCAUUGUGGUGAACAUGGGUAAAACAGGCAUUGUGGUGAACAUGGGUAAAACAGGCAUUGUGGUGAACAUGGGUAAAACAGGCAUUGUGGUGCUCAUGGGUAAAACAGGCAUUGUGGUGAACAUGGGUAAAACAGGCAUUGUGGUGAACAUGGGUAAAACAGGCAUUGUGGUGAACAUGGGUAAAACAGGCAUUGUGGUGAACAUGGGUAAAACAGGCAUUGUGGUGAACAUGGGUAAAACAGGCAUUGUGGUGAACAUGGGUAAAACAGGCAUUGUGGUGAACAUGGGUAAAACAGGCAUUGUGGUGAACAUGGGUAAAACAGGCAUUGUGGUGCUCAUGGGUAAAACAGGCAUUGUGGUGAACAUGGGUAAAACAGGCAUUGUGGUGAACAUGGGUAAAACAGGCAUUGUGGUGAACAUGGGUAAAACAGGCAUUGUGGUGAACAUGGGUAAAACAGGCAUUGUGGUGAACAUGGGUAAAACAGGCAUUGUGGUGAACAUGGGUAAAACAGGCAUUGUGGUGAACAUGGGUAAAACAGGCAUUGUGGUGCUCAUGUUAAUUCCCUUUCAGCUUCAGACCAAUGCCUAUUCUCACUUAAAACAUUUUAGUUUCUAAUACACACAGACACAG